AUGGAAGGUAGAAGUAAAAGAAAGGAAUCCCAUAAACUUGAACAUGGAGUCGAUACUUCCACAGUCAUAUUCGUUCCAUUAACAGAACGUGCAACUAUUUCAAUUAGAAAUUAUAAUAAUUAUAAUUAUGUAUGUUACGCAUUUGAAACUUUAUUAACAG